AUGAUGAAAACGUGAGUUUUUGAAUUUUGAUCUUGAAAAUUUAUUCACCAAAAUGCUCCCUGAGCACAGGCUCCGGAGCUUGUGAUUUUUUAAUAGUAAUCUCUAGAGCCAAGAAAAUGAGCUCUGAAAAUUGGCCUGUGAGCAAAUGGAGAAGUCGGUUAGCGUUUACAUCUUCAGUUUGAGGGUUUCGGGUUCGAAUCCUCGUCGCGGCUAAUUUUUUCAUUUUUUCUAGGGAAUUUUUUGUGUACUGUUUUGGAACAAAAGUUUUGACUACACAAAAAAAUUCAAGAAAAAAAUAAAAAAAUAGUCGCAAGGCGGACUCGAACCCGAAACCCUCAAAAUAAAGAUGUAGACGCUACCCGCCUGCUCCAUUUGCUCAGAGCUCAUUUUCUUGGCUCCGCGCGGAGCUUAAUGUUAGAAGUUGAUUUUUACAAUAUAGUCUUCAGCGUGUCAAGUUCUAUAUGCAAAAACCUUCGCUUUCUCUAAAGCCCUCUAUUUCCUAAAUAAUUUCAUAAUACCAGAAAAAUGUGAGUUGAUUAAUCAAAAAGCAACACAAAAAAAGCCAAAGAAAAAAAAUAGAUGAUAGAUAGUUAGUCAAUAAAUGAUAUGCGGAAAACGAGGAGGAUCAGGGCACAGACAUUUUUUUUUUUUGCUUAUUUAUUUCGACAUGGCUGUCGUUUCGGGAUAUUAUUUGUGCACGCACUUGUCCUUACGUUUCUUUUCUCUCUUUUCCUUCUUCAUUUUUUACUAGGAUUCUCGAUUGCAUAUUUAUUCUUUGUACCAAACAACAAAUAUGUGUUUCUAGAAUAUUUUACUUUUUUUUCAGAUUAGGCUUGUAGGAUUUCACAAUGUUUAGUUUUUUCAGAAAAUUUUUCAUUGUUACCUACAUAAUUUUUCCAUUUGAAUAUCAGUUAAACAAAGAUCGUGAGAUUCAGAAAAUCAUUUGAUUUCAUAUGAGCAGCUGAAUGUUUUUUUCAUAUAAAAUUUUGAAAUCAGAAAAUUAGAUGUUUGAUUUCAUAGAUUUUUGAAAAAGUUUGAUAAUUAAAAAAAAACACAUUUAAGCUGCUUGAAAAUCUGCAAAAUUUUGAAAAAAAAACAAUUUUUAAAAUUUUUUUGGCCCGGGAAAAAUUUUGUGAUACAUUUUUGAUCUCUAGAAUCUACUGUAGUUAAAAUUCAGCCAGAGAAAGAUCCAGAAUUCUGAAUUUUAAUCUUUUUUUUCAACUUGAAAAUCAUAAAUCUACCGGUUUUCAAUUUUGACAUUAAAUUCGAUAAUUUUUCAAUAACUUGGAUUUUUUAUUGAAAAAAACCGAGUUUUGAAUUUUUUUUCUUGCAAGUUUUAAGCUAUAAAACUUCACCCCUGAAAAUAAAUUUUGAAUAAAAAAUUUCAAAUAUUAAAAUUAUUUUCAAAAAAAUUAUGAAAUUUACUGUAACUACUGUUCAGACAUUUCUGAAUUUCUAAAUUUUUUCGAAGCUUCAAAAUUCAUUUUUGAAAUUUUUUUCCUUGCACAGUAAGUUCAUCUCCUCAUCCACAUCCUCACAUCAUUUCUACAUAUUUUUGCCCCCAAAAAACCCUUCUUAAAAAUAAUAUAUUCUCUCAUUGCGCACGCAGUUCCCAUUAAAACUCAAAACCACUCAUAAAGAUGUCAGCAAAAAAAAAUCAUCAGAAGUUUUAUGGAAAAUUGUGCACUUUCAAACACAAAAAAAGUGGCAGUGCAAAAAUAGAAAACGUUUUUUUUUGUUAUAAUGAAGUUAAAAGUGCAGCACUUCUAAUAAUUAUCAUUAUUUUUCUGAAUUUUUACUUUAUUUUCAAAAAAAAAAUUCUAAUAAAAUAAUUUUUAUUCACUUUAUGUGGAAUUGGAUGUGGAUGAGAAUGAGGUGAGCAGCGUCGUUUUUUCUUAUUUUUUGCUGGUUAAAAAAUCAGGUCUAUGUGUAAAUAAAUACUACAAAAUGAACAGAAAACACAUAUAAAUAUGUUCCUUGUUGUUUGAUUUUUUCUUCUUGCUUUAAUGAUUGCUCGCGCUUAUUAGAGACUCUUCUUUCUAUAUGUAUUUUUUAUAAAUUUAUUUCUGAAACAGUAAAAACAAAGUAAAAGUUUUGGGCUAAUUUUAUUUAUUGAUCGCUUAAUUAAUUUCAGAAUUUUUCAGAACUCGCUCGAUGGGUGACCUUUGUGCCGGUUUCGAGCCACAGAAUUAUUUGAAAGAUAGAUGUAAAAAAUGCUUCCGUCCGAAGGUUAGUUUUAAUUUGAAACUGGGAACUUUAAAAAAAAAACAUUUUCUUGGGUAUCAAAGAGACUAGUGAAAUUAUUUUUUGCCCAAAAAUCAAUAAACUGUUGGAUCUGUCAGAAAACUGGUUUCACUUUUUCAUCAAAUUGAUUUUUUGAGCCAAGCUCUCAAAAGCUGAAAAAAUCGAUUCUGGUUGAAAAAAAACCAUAGACAAUUUUCAUAAAAAUCGGAAUCGACAUGGUCCACUGGAAAAAUGAAAAUGAAGAUUAUUUUCUGUUCUGAAAAGUUGCCUGUAUUCGAAAAAUUUUGAAAUUUAGAAGCAAAAAAGUUUUCUCUGAUGAUUUCGGAAUUAUUUAUUUAUUUAAUGAAAUUUUUUCAUCAUACAAAAAAACAUAUGAAAAUUCUAGAUAAAAUUUACUUUAUUUUUGAGUUUUCAUUUUUUCGGUUGAUUCUGAGAGAAAAUAAGUUAGGCUAAUUCGAAAGAUAUAUAGUAGAAUCCUCAAAGCUUCUCAAAUAUUAAUUUAAAAUUUCUAAAUUUCGAAAAAAAACAGUGAAUCACCGUGUAAAAUGGCUUGAAAUUCCAGAUGUACAGUAUUUUGAAGCUGUGUUUUUCUGUAAAUUCCGAUCUUCAUAAAAAUUUGUCAAUGGCUUUUUUAAAAAUUGGAAUUGAUUCAGAAUAAUCGAUUUUUAUGUCAGAAUUCACCUUUAUCAUUCAAAACCAUCAAUUUUAUUGAAAACAAAAAAAAAUUCAGAAAAAAAAAUUUGAAACCUUUCAAGUUCCUCAAUUUCUCCUUAUCAAAUUCAAAAUAAUUUACAGGACAAGCAUGUUGAAGAACAACCAAUAGUUAGUAUAAAAAAGGAGAGGCGGAAAAGUUGGAAAGUUUCGAGUAACUUGGAUAAUGGCGGCCCAGAUGAUGGUGAGUUUUUUUUAUUUAGAAAAAAAAAGUUGCAAAAAAAAAACCCCUCAAAUUGUAAAUUCAUUGAAAAUGUGUCUAAUGUACAUACAUAUGUAAUUCAAAGUUUUUCUUUAACAACACUAAUUUUCUCACAGAUUUUUGUGGGAAAAAAAGUGCAACGAAUAAAACUCGUUACUAGCGAGAAAAAAUGCGAGAGAAGGGAAAAAAAAUGUAGUUACAAUUCUCGAAGAGCGUAUUAAAAUCCAAAUUCACUUACACAUUUACUUGCAUUUCUUUUUGUGUUGUUGAAAAUGUGAUUUGUUGACUCGACUUUUCGGCUGCUCUCAAAUUGAACUUCUUCUAUUUUUUUCUAUUUAUUUCACGAUGAUUGUUGACUAGAAAAUUCUCAAUUUCAAAAUGGGAAAUCAAAUAACUUGCCAACCUCCAGAUGACACCGAAGCAUUAUCAGUCUCUUCAUAUUUGUCGGCAACAUCAAAAGGAAUGUCAUCCACAAAAUCGUGUGAAAGUGUGAAUGAUACAAAAAGUAUGGUGACUGCGUUUAGUGGAAGUAUUUGUGGAGAUGAACGAGCUAUCACACCGACUGAAAAUGACGUGGGUUUUGUUUUUUUGGGGGAGAUUUGUAGGUUGUUCAGGACAGGAAUUUCAGAAUUAUGUCACUUUAAUUUUUGACCAAAACAAAAUCAAUUAAAUUAGUUUGAAAAUAAAAUUUCUGGACAUUUUUUUGUUUUGAUUUAUAGGUUUUAGAGGAUUUUUAAAAUUUUGAAAAUUUCUCUUUGAGCUUUUUUCUUUUUUUCUGAAUCAUUUUGAAGUUUGGAUUAUAAAAUCUUAAUUUUUCUAGACCUUUUUUGUACUGAAAAACUAUAAUUUUCUGUACAAAAAUAUACGGUAACUUCGAUCAAAACUUCAAAAAAAAUCAAAGUAUAAUAUCAUUUCUAGAUGUUUUUGAAUGACGUCAAUUCAAAUACAGUAGCUCAUAGAAAUUUUGAAAACCAAAAUUUUCGAUCAAACUACAAACAUUUCAUCAUAGUCUUCUUCAAAAUUUUAUCCAGAAAAUCACAGUUUUUUACUAGCCCAAAGCUCUAUGCCCAGAUUUUCUUAAAACUAAGUUCGGUAGAUUUAAAAAGGGAGUCUGACACAAAAAUUGAUUUUUUAUGGCUCCGAGCUCAUUUUUCAGAAAUUCUCAAACUCCAAAAUCUUAUAUUCAAUUUAUUCGGGUGAAAAUUUAUAAACAAAAUAAUUUUCAGACUGAAUACAUUCAAGUGCUGAAAGAAGAAAUAGCACAACUUCGCGAUAUAAAUCACAGUCUAAAAGAAGAAAAAGCCCAAUGGGCUCUUCGACAAAGGCUUCAAAAUGCUGAACAAAGUGAAUCUUCGCUGAUUGGAAUGCUUGAGGAACGACUGAAUCAGGCGGAAAAUCAGAUUCAAGAUUAUCGUGAUGAAAAUACUGUGCUCAAAUGUGAAUUGAGAGACUUGCAGGUGAGUUGAAUGAACACAAUUUUUUUUGAAAAUUCGAAAAAGAAAUUUAGGAAACCACAUAUGCCACAUCCGAUGAAAAAUUGCGGGAUAAAAUCAGGACAACUGAAGGGCUUUGUGAUGAAUUGAUGGAAGAAAAUGAGCAAUUGAAAGCAGAAGUAAAAGAUCUGCAGCAGGAAAUUGAAGAGAUGCAAGAUCAAUAUCGAGAAGAAGAGAUUGAAGAGUUUCGAGAAUUGCAGCGAGAAUUAGAGCUAAACGCCAAAAAUUGUCGAGUUCUUCAAUUCAAAUUGCGCAAAACAGAGCGACAAAAAGAUCAAGCAGAAGCCGAAAAAUCACAUUCAGAAAGAAAAUUGGAAGAGUUUUUGAAUGGUUGUCCCGAGACUGUUGCGACUGCUAUCAAAUCGGAUAGUGCAAGAGUGAAGGAAUUGGAAUCGGAAAUUCGGAUAGCCAAAGAGGUUUCGGUUAGAUUACACAAUGAGUUGGAGCAAACAGAGGAGAAGCGGUGCAAAUUAGAGGAUGAGGUGUUCUAUUUGAAGGAGAAGGUUCGAGAGAUUCAGACACAGAAUAAAUGGAGAGAGGCUAGGAAUAAAACUGAUUUUGCAGUGGUAAGUGGAUUUUCUUGAGAGGGUGGGGGGUCAACUCUGGAAUUUUUGAAAACCCUGAAGAUUUAAAAAAAAUCUAUAGUAAUUCUAGAUUUUUUAUGCGAAUUUUAUCAUAAAAAUUAUUUACUAAACAUUUUUAGAGAGUACUAUAACUUGUAAUAUUUUUAUAAAAAAUACAGUAAUUUUACAUUUUUUGACGCGAAUUUUAUCAUAAAAAUUUCCAUUUUCUGAUCAUUUUGAGACUGAAUAAGCCUAAGUUUUUGAAUAAAAAUGAUUUAGAGUACUGUAAUUUGUAAUAUUUUUAUAAAGAGUUACAGUAAUUCACAAAAUGUCUUCAACUGAAUUUUGAGAUCACAAACACCUAGAUUUUUGUUAGAGUACUGUAGUUAUAAAAAAUACUGUAGAUCACACAAAAUCUUGCCCUAAAUAUAUGUGACUACAGUAUUCUAGUAUCUCGAGUCUCAAAAUGAUCUAGACAAUUUAUUUUCAAAUUUAAAGGGACAUACAUUUUGCUUAUAUCGAAAAUUCAGAGGGCAUUGCUCAUGUUAGCUGAGAUAGACCUUAAAGGAGAGACAGUACCUCAACCCUUCCUGCUUGAAAAUUCUAAAAUAUGGGGUUUUUGGUAUCAAAAUGAUCAGAAAAAUUCAAAAAAUCUCUUGAAUGAAUCCAUAGGGGACUAAAAUUUAGCUAGGAAUUUAUUUUUCGUAUUUUUUUCCAGAAACGAUUAUCUGCUGAAUUAGCUGCAAGUGUUCCAAAUAUUCCGGAUAACGAGAUGUCAAAAGAAUUGCGAGAUGCACUGGAAAGAGAAAUCGAUGUCAGAGAGCAAUUGCGAUUUGCAGAAGAGGAUUUGAAGCGCACGCAAUUGAGAUUAACGGUACUCUAUUUUUUUUUUUUUGAAAUCCAAUAAAACCUGAGACAUUUUUACAGGAUCUUGAAAAUGAGAAUGAGGAGCUGAUGAAAAAAUUGUCGAAAGCCUCCAAAUUACGUCCACCGAUGAUUCGAUCGGCCAGGUUGGUCACUGCGUGUACUUCGUGUCAAGUGCGUGUCCUCUCUAUCCUGUCCCCUUUAUGUGACUUUGUUUUGCUGUGUUUUGUCUAGAAUUACCUUGUGGGUAUUUUAAUUUAUUGAUUUUUUGUAGCGACGGAAAUGCACAUCUCCAGUUAGAGUUAGCCGAGAGUCAAGUACAACAUCUGAACACCAAAGUCGACCGAUUGGAAAAGACAAACGAUCAUCUGAACAAGAAGUUGGUUUUUUUUCUGUGGGGGGGAAAUGGAAAUUGGAAAAUGUUUUCUUAAUUUGAAAUCCAGAGCAAAUUCUAAAGGUAGAAUCUUGACAAAUUUUUGGAUUUGACAGAGAAACACUGCUCCAAACUACUGUAGAUCUAGAAUUUCGAGCCAUUUUACACGGUGUUUCACUGUUUUUUCGAAUUUUGAAAUUUUAAAACUCUAAAAUUUCCAAACCUCAAAAAAUUCUUGUUAGAUUUCUCUCUUUUUUCAUGAAUGCAAGAAAGGUUUCUGUAUUACAAUAAUUUAAAAAAAAACCAUUGACAAUACAUUUUCAAACCACGGUUUUUCAAUUUUUUUGACAAUUUUUGAAAUUGUUAAACUAAUGUUUGAGAAGCUUCCAGAAAAAAAAAACUUACGAGGAUUUUUAAAAUUAGAACAUGCUCUUUCAAAUGAGCAAAACUUAUUUUUUGCUCUAGCUCCAAAUUCAAUUCUUUCAAAUAACUUUUCUUGGACCUCAAAAAAUUCUCGUUAGAUUCCCCUUUUUUUCGUUAAUGCACAAUUGGUUUUUGUAAUACAACAAUUUUUCUGCCACUGAAAUAGUAACAAAACAAUUAUUAUAUUACAAAAACGAAUCGUGCAUGCACGUUGUUUCUAUUUAUUUAUUUUUUUUUUGAUACAACAAAUCACUUGUGAAUCACUUUUAACAAACAGUCUCCCCUUUUAUUCUUUUGCAUGCGACGACAACUAACGGGUCUCACCUGCCUCUAUCUUUUUCAUGCGGAGUGGGCGGGGCCAAGGUUCGAUCCCACAUGCCGACCAACUUUUUUUUUCUUUUUUUCAAAUUUAUUUGAGAAUCUUCCGGAGAAAAUCCUUCGAUGAUUGUAUUUAUUAGAAAAUGCUCUUGUAAAUGAGAAAAAAACACAAUUAGAAAAUUAUGAUUAGAGAAAUGAAUUUGAAAUUUGAAAGCUGUAGUUUAAAAUUAAAGAUGGAGCCUGAUUCUGAGCAAAAAGUGAGGUAUGCUCAUUUGAAAGAGCGUGCUCUAAUUAGUUCAAUCUUUGGAAGAAAAUUUCAAAGUUUUAAAAACAGUGGAACACCGUGUAAAUUGUUGCUGACAGAACUUCGAGACUUUGAAUACAAAUAAAAAUUUCCCGGAUUUUCAUCUGAAAUUUUCCAAUAAUCUAUUUUCCUGUUUUCUUCUGGCACAAGAUUCUUAAAAAAUCUUGACUCAAAAUCAACACAGAAUCUUCUCAAGAAAAUCAACCCAUCUUCAAUUUUUCUUUCUACAGAAUCGUCGAAUUGGAAACCGAUUGCAAGCGUGGUGUCGUGACAUCAGCCCAUUCGAAAGUUGGCGAAUUCAAACUAACACCCGAAAUGGAAAAGGACAUGUCAAAAAUGAUAGCGACAAUCAGCGAGUUGGAGCGAAAAAAUCUCGAAUUAAUUACACAAGUCAAACAGCUUGAAACGAAACCCACGAAGCCUAAUUUUGUUGGUUAGUUUAUCAUGAGAGAUUAUUUCAGACACAUUUUUUUCCAGAUCAAAUUUAUUUAUAGUUAUUUCAUGAUUAUCAUAUUUAUAAUUUUUAUAGUUACCGAUAUAGUUUUUUUAAAUCUCAAAUUAUCAAUGCUAAAAUUAAUAGGUAAAAAAGAAAUCAUUCAAGAAAUAUGGAAAUUUUUUUUGACAAAAAAAAUCAAUAAUCCAAAAUGUUGCAGUCCCUUCUGGUACAACAACAAUCGAAUUGCGAAACGAACAAGAAAAACGUAAAGCACUCGAGGCGCAAGUCAACGAGCUUAAAACGACUGUUUUCAAAUCUGAUAAUCAAAAAGUCAUCUCAUUGGCAACCAAAAUUGAACAAUUAAACACACAACUUCAACUUGUCAAUGAGCGAUGCACAACUUUGCAUAAAAAACAAAUUCCAAAAGAUGGUGAUGUUGGAUAUUCGGAUGAACUCAAGAAAAAAGUGGAGGAUUUGGAGAAAUUGUUGAGCGAGAAAAUGGCGAAUGAGAAUGUUAUUGAGUUUCAAGGAAAAGUUCCAACUACUGAUGAGGUACGGUAUUUUUCGUCUGUUAAAAAUUUUGGAUCAGAGAAAAAGCCCUAGAUGUGUAUGAUAUAAAAAUCGAUUAUUUUAAGUCCGUUUCAAUUCGUCUCCUGGUUAAAAAAAAGCCAUUGACAAUAAAUUUUCAAACCACGGUGUUUCAAUUUUUUGACAAACUUUGAAAUUUUUAAACUAAUGUUUGAGAAGGUUCCAGAAAAAAAUUGAGGAUUUUAAAAAUUAGAACAUGCUCGUUCAAAUGAGAACAACUUAUUUUUUGCUCAAAAUAACUUUUCCAAGAUCUCAAAAAAUUCAUGUUAGAUUCCCCUCUUUUUUUCGUGAAUGCACAAUUGGUUUUUGUAAUAUAAUAAUUUUUCUGCCACUGAUACAGUAGCCGAAAAAUUAUUGAAUUACAAAAACCAAUGUGCAUGCACUUUGCAGACAUGUCGUUUUUGCUGAAUUCGGGCCCCUAAAGCCCGCUCAAUUUAUCACGGGCCCGGCUGGCCCGGCCGUAUGAAAAUUUAAAAGCGGCCGGGUUGGCCUCGCCCAAACAAUAUUUUUGAAUGUCCAAUUUCAGAAUUUUUUUUUGAUGUUUUCGAUGUUGGAUUGUAUUUAUAUGAGUGAAAAAUCAAAUUAGAAUGUGAUAUUUUUCUUAUAAAAAUAGAAAUAAGUAACAAAUCGAAAAAUAAAAAGCAAAAAUUUCAAAAUUCAAGUGAAUUCUCUUCCACACACAUAUUAUUUUACUAUUUUUACUCUUUACAAUGUUUGAAAUUCAUUAAAAAUUCCUUUUUGACCACGAAAAACUCAUUUUUUCAAUGAAAAAAAAUCGAAGAAAAAAUAAGCGGGCCCCAAAAUCGGGCCCACCAAAGCCGCACAUGUUAAAAUCGGGCUUCGGCUGAAAAAAGCCCGAUUUUUUGUGUUUACUUCGGGCUCAGCCCGGCCGGCCCGGCCUGCAGCGACAUGUCUGCACUUUGUUUUCGUCUUUUUUUUGGAAAUUAAUUGGAAUGUUAAUCACUUGUAACAUACCGUCUCCUCUCUUAUUCUUUUGCGUUCGACGACAACACACAGGUCUCACAUGUCUCUAUCUUUUUCGUGCGGAGUGGGCGGGGCUAAGGUUCGAUCCCACAUGCCGACCAACAUUUUUUGUUAAUUUUUUUGUGAUAACGUUCGUUUUUUUUUUGAAGAGACUGCGAGAGAAAUAGACAAAAAAGCAGCGAGAGUUUGUGCCCACGGAAGAGAGCGCAGACAUAAAAUAUCUAUUCCGAUUUAUGAAAAGGUUUUUUCUCGAAGAACUUCUAGUCCUGAAAGUUUUUGCUAUAUUUUCUAAAUUAAAAAAAAUAUUGAUUUUUCAGAUCGAGCAAUGUUGCGAAGUUUUAGCUGCAGUAGAGACACAAACAUCCAGAUUAUGCAAGCAAUUUGAAAAAAUUGAUCAUGCUCAAAAGGUAUAUUUUGAUUUUCAAAUGAAGUUACGGUAUCUCAUGUUAAAAAAAAUCCUAGAAAAAAUAUUCGCGAAAAAAAGUUCUAGAUAUUUUCUAAAUUGAAUCUCAAACCCCGUUUUUUUCCCAGGAUGAAAGACGUCGCUCAUUAUCAAAAGACAGUGGAGCUGCAAUAAUUGCCGAGUUAGCCAAUGUAAUGCAAGAAAUGAAGAGUGUUCACAAACGGUUGGAUAACAUUAAAAGUGUUGCUCCAUCCGGUGGUUUGACUGUGAAACGAGUUCCAUCGAAGGAAAAUGUUAUUGAGCCGAAGUGUGUGAAAUGCAAUCAACUUGAGCAGGUUUGUGGAUUUUUUUUUGAGAAAAUUCAUCCCAAAAAAUAUCAAUAUUUUUUACAGAACAUUGAAGAACAACAAAACGAGAUCGGUUUUUAUAAAAAGAAGAACAAAGACCUUACAAACCAAGUGUUGCAAACAGAAGAUCGCUGGACAAUUGAAAUUGAAAAACAGCGACAAAUAUUUGAGAAAGAGGUGAGAGAUAGAAACACAAGCAAGCGCUCUUUAUUUCACUGCCAUUUUGCAUUGCACUCUCAUUCCGAUCUCGUGGUGUAGUGGUUAUCACAUCUGUCUAACACACAGAAGGCCGGCGGUUCGAGCCCGCCCGAGAUCAGAUAUUUUUUUUUAUUUUUUUUAUUUUUCAUAAAAUAAUUAUUUUCUUUUUAGAUAAAAACCCUUGGAUUACGAAUCUCGGAUGCUAAACGGCAGAAUGAAGAGUUAUCGGAACUUUUGGAGUCCAAAUCGACAACUUUGAUUGAGAAAACUCGAGCGCUGGAAGAACAAGAAGAGCGGAAUAAAAAACUGAAAGAAGAAACUGAGUUGUUGAGAAAAGAUAUUCAAGAAAUGGAAACAGAUAAAAAAUGUGUGAAAGAUGUCGAAAUAAAAUAUAAGAAAUUGGAAAGUAUUUUUGAGGCGGAAAGAGAGAAAAUGAACACCGAAAGGAAUCGCGCCAAAAAUGAAUUGCAAUCGGUGAAAAAGAUUAAGGAUGAGGUUGAAGAACAUUUGAGUGAGUUUUUUUUGUUUGAAAGAGCAUUAGGAAAAUUCGCCAAAGAUUUUUUUCUGAAAGCUUCAAUUUGAAAAUUUCAAAUUUUGAAAAAUUUGAUUAGUCCCUAAUCAGAGAAAAAAUAUUUUAUGUCUGCGCUCUCUUCAGUAGACACAAACUCUCGCUACUUUUUGUUUAUUUCUCUCGCAGUCUCUUCAAGAAACGAACGUGUUUACAAAAAAAAAUUAAAAAAUUUAAAAAAAUUUAAAAAAAAAGUUGAUCGGCAUGUGGGAUUGAACCUUGGCCCCGCCCACUCCGCAUGAAAAAGAUAGAGAGGCGCGCUGCCUGUUAGUUGUCGGCGCGCGCAAAAGAAUAAGAGGGGAGACAGUUUGUUGCAAGUGAUAGCACUAUCAUGUGACGAUCCAAAAAAUAAUGAAAACGAAGUGCAUGCACGAUUGGUUUUUGUAAUAUAAUAAUUUUUAGGCUACUGUAUCAGUGGCAGAAAAAUUAUUGUACUACAAAAACCUUUCUUGCAUUCACGAAAAAAGAGGGGAAUCUAACAUGAAUUUUUUGAGAUCUUGAAAAAAUUGUAUUUUUAAAGAUGGAGCUUGAGCAAGUUGUGCUCAUUUGCAAAAUUUUGAAUUGAAAUUGACUUGAAUGAAUCGAUUUUUCUUCAUCACCAUAGAUUUUUAGAAAAUGCCCUAACUUUUGAGAUAAAAUUUAUCUCCAGUCUCAUAUCCAUUUAAGAUUACCUUUAAAAUUAUUUUCUUUUUUCAGAAAAAUUAAACGAGGAGAGCAAGAAGAAUGAAAGCACCUGGAGAUCGGAAAAAUCAAAACUAGAGCGUGAAAUUGCUGCACUCAAAAAGCAACUUCCCGAAGAGCAUGAAUUGAAAGAGCCAACUUUUGUUCCAUCUCAUGAUAGCUCUCCAAUCAGAAGACAUGAUAGUGAGAAAAUGCAAGUUUUGGAGUUGAAAAAGCAGAUUUCGAUUUUGGAAAAGAAGGUUAGUCCUAGUUGUAACAAAAAAAUGGAACUUCAAAAACGUUUUUGUUUAGAUUGCUGAUACUGACGCAGCUCUCGAUGAAUGUAAGAUCCAAAAUGCUGAUUUGAAAGAUCAACUAAAUAAAGUGCAAGCAAGUUGGCAAAAAGACAAAGAAGCGUUCCAACACAAAACUCGACAAUCGGAAAAAUUGCGAACUGUCGAAAUCGACGCAAUGCAACAGAAAUUCAGCAGUCGAAUGAGAAUCAUGGAAGACACCAACAAAUCUUUGCAUUCACAAUUAGUUCUUGCUAGAAGAGAAAGAGAUAGUCAUAAAGAAGCGUUGAAUAAUCACGAGAAAACUGUUGGAGAAGAACGCAAUAAUUUGAAGUUACGGGAAAAAACGGCUAAUGAAUCGGCUGAUAAAGUUAAAGAUUUAGUGAGUUUUGAAAAGGUUUUGCUUGUGGUGUGCUCUUUUUUAUUUUGAUAGUGGUUGGACAGUUGAUUUUUUUCAAAUUAUUUAUUUUUCGCUGGUUCUAAUUUGAAAGAUUUUUUUUCUAAUCAGUAGGAUUUUUUUUAGAAGCUUCUCCAAAAUCCUAGGAAAAUCUGAAAAGCUUCAGAAGUUCUAGAAGUCUCGAAAGAUAUUUGAUGUUUACGAAUUUCAAUUUUAGGGCCCUUGAAGUUUUGGAGAAUUCCCCAUGACUUUUAGGUUAGAUUUUAAAAUUUCUAAAAGUUUUGAAAGGAUUUUUUCUGGAAGUGAAAUCUGGAUCAGAACUUUACGCUGAAUUUUCAGCAGUUCUGCGAUUCUCUAUGAUUUUCAGCACAAAAUUUUCAGCCCGGAAAAUUUUCUGGCUGAAAUUUUUGUAAAAUUGACAUCCUUUUUAUAUUUUCAUACGAUUCAGAGUUCUCAAAUUUUGAAAUUUUUUGCAAAAAAAUGGAGCACCGUCUAAAAUGGCGUAAAAAUUCGGAUUUCUGUAAAAAAUUGUGAAUGGUUUUUUUUUCCAAGAGAUCUAUUUUUGAAAUGGAAUUGAUUCAAAUAUCGAUUUUUAAAAUUAAUCAAUAAUUCUUACAUUUAGCUGUCCAACUACUUUCAAUGUUUCCCCCCACUAAUUUAUCUAACUCACAACAAUAACAUGUUUUUUUCCAGGAUACUCAUAUUUAUCAAGUUUGAUACAAGUGUGAUACUAAUAUAUAUAUGUAAAUAAUACUAAUCACUACGAGUUUGAACAAUUAACAUGACGAAUUAUUUUGAAAAUAUAUAUAUAUAUAGAACGUGUUUAGCAAAAUCGUUUAACUGCAAAAGAUGAGGAAUUGGAAAGAUUGAAUACGGAUUUGAGAUUGACAAAAGAGGCGAGAAAAGCUGAUCAGAUUCUAUGGAAUAUUGAUCGGGCAAGAAAUCGAAAUGAAAAAAUCGAUAAUACUGAUUCGGUUGAAACAAUUCGAAAACAAUAUCGAGAUUGUGAAGCGUUUUAUUCAAAAGAAAUGGAUCGAUUAAAUGAUAAGAUCACUGAAAUAACUGCUGAAAAAAAUCGGCAAAAAAAUGAAGCUCAAAAAACGAUUCGUGAAUUGCAAGAGCAAAUUCGAGUGUUGGAAAUUGAGCAGAAAAAUCUGUCGCAAAACAAGGAUAAUCAGCAAGUUGUUAAAGAACUUAUUGAAUCGGAAAGAGAACGACUGCAACAAGUUGUGCAUUUGAAUGAAUUGCAAAAAUUGACAAGGAAAUAUCGAUUGAGCAGUAUUAUUGAUCAAUUGGCUUAUGUGAGUGAGGCAACUCGAAAGAUUUCACGGGAAGCGGAACCGGAUGGUAUACGGUAUAUCAUCAAUCAAUUAACUGCGUUGAGAGAUGAUGAAGCAGCCAACAAUUUGAAUUCGUAGGUUUUUUUGGACCUUAUAGAAUAUGGCACGCUGAUUACUAUACCGUAAAAAUUAGCUUCUGAGCUCCAGGUAGAGCAAAGAAAACUCUUUUAAAAAAUCUGACCAAACGGGUAGCGUCUACGUCUCGACUAUUUUUUUUUUUUUUGAAUUUUUUGUGUAACCAGAAAAAUGAAAAAGAAAUAGUCCCCAGGCGGACUCGAACCCGAAACCUUCAAACUGAAGUUUUAGACGCUAACCACCUACACCAUUUUCUCACUUAUGUUGAAGAUUUUAUUUAAAUAGUGCUGAUUCAUGGUCUAAAAAUAUUUUUUUGAAAGAUCAGUGUCAAAAAAUGCCAAGAAAACUUUGUAGGUUAAAAUUAGUAUUCUGAGUUUUCAGCAAAAAAUGAUGAAAAAUCGAGAUUUUAUGAAGCUUCUGGAGUAAUUUCUGAUGAAAAUUGACCUUGGAAUUCACUUUCCAGAAGGUUUUGCUGAUUUUUCGUAAAAUAAAAAAUUUAAAUUUUGAUGAAUUUCGAAAAAAUUCAUAAAAUAAAGCGAAAUAGGGUUCUCGAAGCUUAUUUUAAUCAGAAAUUACUCCAGAAGCUAAAAAAUUAUCGAUUUAUCAUAAUUUUCAGUUGAAAAACUCAAAAAAAACUAAUUUUGACCUACAAUAAUUUUCAACAUUUUUUGAAUUUUCAUGAAUUGAUCUUGCGAGGUUGAUCGUUCGUAAAUGAGCCCUACACGGUGUUUCAAUGUUUUUUCGAACUUUGAAAUUUUAAACUAAUAUUUGAAAAGCUUCCAUAAAAAAUCCUUUGAGGAUUUCCACCUUCAUUAUUACUCUUUCAGUGAUGAUAGAGCAGGAUCUGUGCUCGGUGAUAGAAUUUCCAAUGGUUAUGCUCCAUCAGUCUCUGAAUGUGGCGAAGGAACGUAUGACAACAUAAGUCAAUCAUCAUUCUCCAUCCGGUCUGUGACAAGUGCACCACUUCGACAUGCUUACAGGUUGGCAUUUUUUGAAUGAAAAAACAUAUUUUCAAGAGUGUUAUGCUUCUUCUUCUUCUUCUAUUUUUCCCUUUCGCUUUCCUUUAGCAUGUGUGCUUCUCAAUUUCAGACAUGUUAAUCAUCACACACUUCCACCAACCAUCGCAUCCGUCUCUACAACUGUUUCUGAAGCACCAGAUUCGCCAUUCAUCGCAAAUUCUCGACGUGAAAGACAACAUAGAUCAGCACAAAAUCAAAAUAACAUCAAUUUUUGUAGUAAACGAUCUUUCAGGUUAGUGCUUAUUCGCUUCUAUAUUUAGUUGAAUGCCUUUUUCUUUUCCUUUCCUUUUUAGUUUUUUUUUGAAAAUUUUUUUGAUCUUCUUAAAACAUCUGAAAAUUUUAAAAAUAAAUCUUAUAGCACUGAAAGUUCGAGCGGUUUUGACAAAUAUGGUCGGCCUAUUCGACGCGGUUUGUAUCAUGAUCCAUCUUCGAGUAAUAAUUUGAGUAAGUUGAUUUUUUCGGCAAAAAAUUUUCUCUACGUUCUCUGCGUCUCUAGAAAUCCCUCUAGCUUCUCUGCGUCUCUAGAAAUCCCUCUAGCUUUCCUGUGUCUCUCAAAAAAAUCCCUCUAGCUUCCCUGCGUCUCUAGAAAUUCCUUAAGAUUCUCUGCGUCUCUAGAAAUCCCUCUAGCUUCUCUGCGUCUCUAGAAAUCCCUUAAGCUUCUCUGUGUCUCUAAAAAAACCCCUCUAGCUUCUCUGCGUCUCCAGAAAUCACUCUAUUUUCUCUGCGUCUCUAGCUUCUCUGCGCUUCUGAAAAUCUCUCUAGCUUCUCUGCGUCUCUCAACAUCCCUCUAGAUUCUCUGUGUCUAAAAAAACCUUCUAGCUUCUCUGUACUUCUGAAAAUCCCUCUAGCUUCUCUGCGUCUCUAGAAAUCCCUCUAGCUUCUCUGCUUCUCUAGAAAUCCCUCUAGAUUCUCUGCGUCUCUAGAAAUCCCUCUAGCUUCUCUGCGCUUCUGAAAAUUCCUCUAGCUUUUCUGCGUCUCUGAUAUUCUCCCUAGUUUCUCUGCGUCUCUGAAAAGCAAUAGUCUGUACCUCUCUAGUCUUUCAAUUUCUCUGCGUCUCUAGAAAUCCCGUGUUUUCUAGCUGUCUUGCUUUUCUGCGUCUCUAACAAUCUCCAUAUCAAAUAAAUCCUUCCAGAUGUUCCUGGCAGAAAAACUUCCAACGAUGAAUAUUCAAUGAUUCGUGCCACCUCAUUCGAUAAUCGCAGUCAAUACAGUGAAGAUGACAACGAUGAAUCAACGUGUCGAUCUCGUCCAAACAGUACUGGAACAAAUAUAUUAUAUCGGGUUAGAAGAGAAGAAUUAGCACGUGGCGGACAACCAUCAGUCAAACUAAUGGCCAAAGCAUUUGAAGCGAUUGAUGAACCAAAACCUGAUAAACGCGGCUUUUUCGGAAUUCGCAAAUCACGAUCUGUUGAGACCACACAAAAUGGGAAACAGAGGAAAUUUGUGAGCUUUUUUGAUAGUUUGAAAUAUAUUUCAUUUUCAAAAUUAUUCAGGAAGAAGCUGCGAAUUCAGCGUUGAUGCAUAGCUUGGGUCAAGUUGAGGAAGGUGUGUCUAGUAAUUAUGCAACACUUCCACGUGGCGGGAGAAAUCCUUUCAAAAAUAUGGGAACAAGAUUGGUUGAACGAGUUCGACGAAGUCUGUCUCGAUCAAGUCGGCAAAGUAGAGAUUCUGAUCGCGAAGAUGAGGUGGAAGUGCAGAUUUUUAAGAAGGUGCGGUGAUUUUUUUUGAAUGCAGAUUAAUAUUUUGUGAUAAAAAACUUUUAAAAAACAUAGUAGAGAUAACGUGAUAUUGAGAGAGCGCAGACAAAAAAUUUAAUAAAAAAAUACAGAAAACUAAUUUAUCUGUCUGCGCUCUCUCAACAUCACGUUGUCUCUACUCAAAAAUAAUGGGCCUAUGUAGAUUAAUAUUUUGUGAUAAAAAACUUAAAAAAUAUAUUUUUGAGUAGAGAUAACGUGAAAUUGAGAGAGAGCAGACAAAAUAAUAUAAUUUUCGAACAAAAAACUAAUUUGUAUGUCUGUAUUUUUUUCGACGUUUUUUUGCGUAGAAAAUUAUGUAUUUUUUUAAUUACAAAAUAUUAAUUUGCAUGAGCCCAUAAUCAAAAUAAAAGAAAUUAAAAAUUAAAAUUAUGGGCUCACGUAGAUUUUUUUUAAAUUAAUCUACAUGAGACCAUGAUUAAAAAAAUUUUUUUUUAAACAAAAAAGUCCACCCAACUCAUAUUUUUCCAAUCCCCAAAUUGUUUUUUCAGCCAGAAAAACCAGCAUCAUCUCCCAAAAAAACCAAAAAGAAAUCGGCCGAAUCAAAAGCUCGCAAAAAUUCCAGCAACAUAUUGUCAUAA